UUGCUCAUACAGUUUGGAGUUUUUAUAAUCAAUACGAGAGAAUUUAUAAUCAAUUCUUAGUUAACCGUAAAACUCAUCCCUAAUCCCGACAAUAAAGCAUCUUCCUUUGAACAAAAAUCUAAAAGAUACUAUCAUCUUAUCCUGUAACCUCAAUUAUCACUCACGCUACUCCUAAACGCGUUGCACCCCACCUCCCAACAAAACAACUCGCCGAAGCCCAUCAACGACCACAGUACGGCCACGUCAUCUCCCCGGGCCCUAAUCAAUCAAUCGCCUAACCCAUCCCAAACUCUCUCUUUCUCUCGUCGAUGGUCCGUGUAGAUCGGGCCUCAUUUUGUCGCUGACUUCCGGUAAAAUGGAGGAGCCGUUCUUCGAUGUGGUGGAGUUUCUGAGGCGGCCUUCGAUCGCUGAGACAUUCGUCGACAUAUUGCUGUGCGCAGUACCGAUAUGGGUGGCGGUGAUGAUCGGGCUGGUGAUCGGGUGGUCGUGGCGGCCCCGGUGGACGGGCCUUGUCUUCCUCGGCUUCCGCUCCAAGCUCCGCUUCCUCUGGACCGCUCCUCCGGGCUUCGGCGCCCGCCGCCUCUGGCUCGCCUUCUCCGCCCUCUCCGCCUUCUCCGUUUGCCGCACCGUUUGGUUCAACUUCAGACGCCGAAGCAAGGCAUCGCCGGCGACGGCCGCAUCCGAGUUUUCCACACAAGGAAAUAGUGACGCUCUUGGCCCCACCACAAAAGCUGAGGGGAGAGUACAGGACAUUGUGACAGAGAAUGAUUUAGAACACCUAUUGCAUCUUCUUGAAGGGAAGGAUGUUGAGAUGGAAUGGCAAAGUUUGAUGGAGAGGUCUACUCCUAACAUGGCAUACCAGGCUUGGCGCCAUGAGCCAGAGACAGGUCCGACAAUUUACCGUACUAGAACUGUCUUUGAGGAUGCAGCUCCAGAGGUGGUAAGAGAUUUCUUCUGGGAUGAUGAGUUUCGACCUAAAUGGGAUCCUAUGCUUGUACACUUCAAAAUAUUGGAGGACUGUCGAGAUACGGGGACAAUGAUUGUUCACUGGAUAAAAAAGUUCCCUUUCUUCUGCAGUGAUCGAGAAUAUAUCAUUGGUAGAAGGAUAUGGGAGGCCGGGAAGACGUAUUAUUGCGUGACAAAGGGGGUGCCAUAUCCAGCUUUGCCCAAGCGUGACAAGCCUCGACGUGUUGAGCUAUAUUUCUCUAGUUGGAUUAUCAGGGCUGUGGAAUCUCGCAAGGGAGAUGGACAGUUGUCAGCAUGUGAGGUUACCCUUAUACAUUAUGAAGACAUGGGGAUUCCCAAAGAUGUGGCAAAGCUAGGAGUCCGUCAUGGGAUGUGGGGGGCUGUCAAGAAAUUGCACUCCUCCGGGAUGAGAGCAUACCAGAAUGCAAGAAAAUCGGAGGUUUCUUUGUCUAGAAGUGCUUCGUUGGCAAGAAUCACCACGAAGAUUUCUUUAGAGCCAGUUUCUGGUGAAGAGGAAAAACAUGAACCUCCCCGCAAAGAGAGACCAAAAGGUGAUGGCAUCGAUUGGAAAUGGUUAGCUAUAGGUGGAACUGUGGCUCUGGUUUGUGGACUUCACUCGGGUGCAAUAGGGAAAGCCUUGUUACUCGGAGCAGGGCAGAGAUUUGCUCGGAGGUGAGAGUUAGCCUCUUGAGAAGAGACAUUGCAUUUCUAUCUGUUGAGGAUUCAUUAAAAAUUUAUUCACAUAUGAACGACCACAUGGAUUGUUCUUCAUUUUCAUCCAUAAAAAAGUUCAUUUUCUAUUAUUCUUAUUAUUAUAAUUUGGCCUCUAUGGUGGCGUCUGUGUCUCUAAUGCCGUCGUACUACCUCGGUUGGUUGGUGUGGAUUUAGCAUCAUCUUGAAGCUUCCAAGCUUUUGAGGUAGAUUAUUGUUGACAAUUAAUUUCCAGAGACUGAUUUUUCUUAAUUUUAUCUUCGUACUUCACUUCGACUCUAUAAA